GCGGUUCGCGUUUGGAAUAUCCCGGUUCCAAUUGAAUAAGAGCGGCAUGUCUGCUGUGGGCAGGAAAUAUGGUGCGAUGGAUGUGAGGACCUACCCAUCUCGGCCUCACUUACAAGUUCGGCAGCCAUCUAGCUUCAUCUGUACGAACCACGAACACCACCACGGUUUGCACCCCGGAAAAUUAUGGCGGAACCCCCCUCUCCUCCUCCCCCCUUGUCGGGGUUCAGGCUAUUAAUCUUUCCAGGAACUCCUGAAGAUGAACGGCGUACCCCCCCGGCCAUGCAACCGGCCUUGAAGAACAAUAUCUACCGUACAAAUUCAACCCUCAAGACCACGUACUCGAAAAUUUGGCGACUUGUUUGGCCUCUUUAGGAUCUCACGAGACUCCUCUGGGGUGACAAAGUCUGACAUCGCACAACAAGAUCGCCACGAUUUUCCUCAUGGCCACAAUGCGCCUUAACAACUCUUUAGAUCUGGCCGCACGCCUAUGGCUCAUGUUCGGUUUUGAAAUGGAGAGGGAAGGUGGCUUUGCGUGGGGUGGAGAUAAGACACUCCUUGACAACUCUCAACAGGAUCCUUCAAUAGCUAUUGAGAGGAUGGCCAAAUAUCUUGGAAUUCUUGAAAAAUCCUCAUCGGAAAGUCAACGCGGCCAGCGAAGUGCGCGUGUCUUUGCAGCCACCUUUUCCCCCCAGCACAUGAUGAGGCUCACGUCCUUCCACAUCGUAUGGACAAAUGACAUUUUGGAGCAUCUUGUUGUCAAAGUUUCGAAAAAAGGAAGCCAUCAAGCUACGUUUUUCAUCACGCAACUGUGCUGA